AUGAACUCCAAGCUAAACAACAGGAGCACGCGUCCAGCGCACCGGCAAGAAGCUCAUAUGUCACAGAAGGGCCAGAAGCAACCUACCAAGCCAGCACCGAGCAGCAUACGUCCGGGACAGCAGCAGGGCUCGUCGUCGUCGCAGGCGGCGAAGCCCAGCAGUGGGUUUUCGGCGUCGGAUCUCAACCGGAUCGUGCUGGAGUACUUGAAUAAGAAGGGCUAUCACCGGACGGAGCAGAUGCUUCGGGCAGAGUCGUCGCGCACUCUGACGCCAUCGAACAAGAGCUCUGUGGCAAGCAGCACGCUGCCCGCGCCUGCGACGAGCGCGACCCAGGAGGUGACAACGAACGGCAAGCCUGCGUCGAAUCCGCCAAUGCCGUUGAAGCGCGAUGCGAACGGCAAUCUGGUCCAACAGGCGCAGGUGACGCCCCAGCACUACUUCCGCGCGUACGCGAUGCUGAAGAAUUGGGUGGACUCGUCGCUGGACAUGUACAAGCCGGAGCUGUCGCGGAUCAUAUACCCGAUCUUCAUAUAUGUGUUUCUGACGCUGGUCUCCAAGGCUCCGGUGCAGGCGCGGCGCUUCUUUGACAAGUACUCGGAAGACUACAAGGCGCUUCAUGGCACGGAGAUAAACAAGCUCUUCAGCGUCAACUCGGUCGACCAUAUAAAGGAAAACGAGCUGGCGCAGGGAUUCCAGUCCAACAAGUACCGCGUGACCAUUUCGCGCACGACGCUCAAUCUCCUUCUUUACUUCCUCAAUGAAAAUGAGAGCGUAGGAGGCUCAUUAUUGAUCUCCAUUAUCAACCAGAACCUCGAGCCAAAUGCCGUGGACAAUAUCAUAUCGCAAGAUACUCUGACGGACGGCAUCAAGGAUAUUUCUGCCGGGGCGAUUGAUGUCGACAACCACAAUUCGGUGCCCGUAAAGCUUGGUCCUUUCCCUCGGGACCAAGAGUUCACGAAAGAGGUAGAGGUAGAAUUGAUGAGGAAAGAUGAGCAGGAAAUUGAAGAGAAUCCAGACGAGAAUAGGAAGACCUUGGUCGAAGAAUAUAAGUCUAUGACAGGCGCAACUGCCGCCGUUGCUCCUGUGGGAGCACAGCCAGAGGCGCCCGCCACACAGAAAGGUGACGAGUCGGAUGAUGCUUCUGAAAAGAAAGAACAUGAUGAGAAGGCAGGCGAGAAGGGCACCGCUCCCAGCUCAUCUGGUCAGCCAGCGGUGCCAAUUCCAGCGGGGACUCUUCCACUCAACGCACCUGUUGGCCUGCCCCUGUCCACAACGGCGACCGAUCUAAUAAACCCUAUGAUGGAGUCCCCACUACCGGGCGCUUUGCCCUUACCACCCAAAACUGCGCUGGAUCUAAAACUGGAAAUUCAAAAGGUCCGUGAGUCUCGGGAUGCCAUUAAGAUGGACAACUUACAGACAUCUGCACCUAGUGUUUGUAUGUAUACUUUUCACAAUACAAACAGAGAGAUGACAUGCCUACGGUUUAGUGACGAUUCACGCUUAGUCGCGGCGGGCUUCCAGGACAGUUAUAUUAAGCUUUGGUCACUCGACGGGACACCUUUAGAAAGCCAGCUUCCUUCGAAAGCCAAAGACGCUAGUAAUACAGUAACGCUAAUAGGACAUAGCGGUCCGGUCUACUCCGUUUCGUUCAGUCCAGAUAACCGGUACUUGGUUUCUGCAUCUGAGGACAAGACCGUACGACUAUGGUCCCUCGAUACUUACACCUGCUUGGUAAGCUACAAGGGACACAACCACCCGGUAUGGGACGUUAAAUUUUCACCUCUGGGGCACUACUUCGCAACAGGAUCGCAUGAUCAGACAGCGCGACUCUGGUCAUGCGAUCAUAUUUAUCCACUCCGGAUAUUUGCAGGCCAUUUAAAUGACGUGGAUUGUGUCACCUUCCAUCCCAAUGGCACAUAUGUUCUCACUGGCUCUAGUGAUAAAACGUGCCGUAUGUGGGACAUUCAAACAGGUGAUUCAGUGCGGUUGUUUCUAGGACAUACGGCGAGUGUCGUCUCUGUUGCGGUUUCCCCCGACGGCAGAUGGCUAACAACAGGAUCAGAAGAUGGCGUUAUCAUUGUCUGGGAUAUUGGCACGGGUAAACGGAUAAAGCAGAUGCGUGGUCAUGGAAAAAGUGCAGUGUAUUCCCUAUCGUUCAACAAGGAAGGGAAUAUUCUGGUUAGCGGUGGUGCAGACCAGUCAGUUCGUGUUUGGGAUUUGAAGAAGUUUACUAAUGAACCAAGCUUGGAACCUGAGCAGCCAUACUCAGGCUAUCUGGGGGACAUGGAAGCAAGUGUGAACCAGGAUGUCAAGGAAUAUGGUCGGAGGAGAACAGUGUUCCCAACGCAGGAUCUAAUGGCCUCUUUCCACACGAAGAAGACACCAAUAUACACAGUCAAGUUUACCAGGACGAACCUUGUGCUUGCAGGAGGCGCUUUCACAGAAUAG